AAAACUUGUACAUUUCACUUGACAGCUGAUAUGACAUGUCUGCCAAUUACAAAGCAUGCUAAUCAUACGUUUGCAUAAAUUAAAUCUUAAAAGUAUGUAUUUAUAUUUCAUUUCAAAUAUUAAUAAGCGAGUAUAAGUGAACAUAUAAUAAUAGAAUAUAAAUGAGUACAGAUCAAAUAAAACCAACUAUUAGAAGUUUUUGGAACAAAAAAAGUUAAGUUUUAGGAGACCGUAUCAUAUUUCAACUCAACACGACAGAAUACAAUACUCACUAGGAGACUCAACACAGACAUUUCCCAAUAAUGCUAUUAAAUGAUGAAACGUUACAUGACUGGUCGGCUGUUCUAAAUGUCUAAAUCUCUCAUUUUCACUUGAGAUAAAUAUUUAGACAGUCAGGCACUUGAAACACAAAAAAAGCAAAAUACCAUUUAAUUUAGUAUCAAAUACCUCUGCUCAAACGCUCCCUUAUAACGGAAUUUUUGACAUUUAUUUCAAAUGAUAUUUGCAUCUCUUGCUCGCUUGAGUCGCUAAAGUCGCCUCGCUCAUAUUUCAUUUCGAUUAAAAAACGUAAAUCUCAAUUAUAAUUUUCAAAGUGCGGGGUAAAUUGAACUAGUUAACAUGGAUUAGAAGUGCUAGUGAUCAGAAAGUGUCAACAUGGCUGUAUCUGCGCAGCGGGACCUUGUGAGCUUGAUGAAAACAGAAACAUUCUUGAACGUUUCCAUUAUCAGCAAGUUGCAUCCUCUGCCUUCUGAUUUGAAGCAAUUAUUCAAUAAAGACACUUUGGAGAAGCUCACACAGCUUGUGUUUAAUCCUCUUUCGUAUUAUUUAGUCUCUAUUGUGGACCCAGGAAAAGCGUCAUCAUUUUCAUGGCCCUUGUAUGACACCAAGACUGAGAAAGCUUAUAGAAAUCAGCUUUCAAGCUUUAUAGCAGAUUACAGUAGUAAAGGCUUGCUUUCUCCAGUAAUGUCAUCGUAUUUAGUGAAUCCAGCUUGUUAUAAAGUGACUCUGUUUAUGUUUCAACUGUCCCAAUUGGCUGUACAGGGCAUGCUUAAGUCCAUGAUGAAGACAGAGGAACAAAAAAAGCUUUACGCUGAAGUUACUGAAAGAUACAAAUCUCAAAAUCAGGAAGGUAUAGCACAAGGAAUUGAGAAAGAAAAUAAAGUUGUUUUGCUGAAGUUAUCUAAUUAUUUACAAAAGAGAAAGAAUUAUGAGAGAAUAGCAGAGUUAUUUAGAAAUGGGAUCACUUCAAUGGAGGAUAAAUUGACUAAAUUAAAACCUAAGGAAAAAGUUGCAAGUUUAGUGGAUAGCUUUGUAAAAGAUAACUCAUUAGAUGAAGAAACUAAAGUAAGUAUAUUAGAGAUAAAGAACUUUAACAAGCCUGCUCGAUACUUCAGCAAAUGGCUUGAAGAUAUUGACUCAGAGCUAGUUAACUUAGAAACAGAAUGGAACACAAAAAUGUCACCAAUUGUAAACUCAGCAUCAAAAACAAAGGAAUUAAGUAAAGAGUUAAUAGAAAGGCAAACUGGAGAGGCGGAUAAAAAUUCUUUCACACUUGAAUAUAAUCCGAAUACUGACGAAAUUAGUACAAAAGUAUUAGAAGAAAAAGUUAACAGUCAGCAGAAAUAUAUACUUAAAAACAUAGUGAAAAAUGACAGGCUAAGUUUCCCAAAUUUAAUUCGAGGUUACAUAGUGGCAGUGAGUUACAUUUUAAAGAAUAAACAGAUUGGGGAUGAAAUAGUACGAUUUAAUAAGUACUUGGAGCAGAGUAAUAUGAGUUAUUUAGAGAUGGUGGAGGCAAUGAGAGUUUUGACGGAAAGAUUGAGAAAUGCAGAGACUCGUUUGGAGCCUGCACCACUAUCAUUCAACCAGUCAAUAUCGAUAAAAGACAUCAACGAAAUACCACCACUACUAGAUCUCUCAGAUCUUUCAAUGAAAAAGGACAACAAUGCUUACCUUGACAUGUUCACUCCCCUCGGCGCAACCAAACAUCACUUCAACUUAAGAAGAACUAACACAACAUCUUUUGUCAAACCACAGAAUAGAUCCUUAAUAUACCAAGCACCGAGAGAUGAUUUCCUGAAGAACUUCAUAACGGGGCCUUAUGACCGUCAGAAUUCAACUACGAAUAUGCAUAAUUUGUCAAUCAUCUCACAAGUACAAGCGAGAAGCAAUGAGACUAUCGCCGAAUGUUCCGCAGGCUUCACAAAACAACAAAUACAAAGAUUACUGUCAACUCACAAGAAAUCUAGCAGCACGAAGAAACACAAGUUUAAACUUGAUAGACCAAGCAUGAUCAUCAAAAAAGGUGGCCUAUUCAAUGCUUCAAGUACUUCAAAAGCUGGUUUUAAUAUCUCAAACACUUCGAGUGAAAACGGACUGUUCCGGUGUCAUUCCUCGCCAAAUCUGUUUGAGAAUAAAGAAAAUAAAUAUGCUAAGAGGAUUAGAAAACUGUCAAUCAUGCAGGAAGGCAGUCCUUCUCUUUUAGAAGUCUCUGGUAUCAUGGCUUUGGAAGAAAAAAAUACGCCAAAGCGAGAGAAGUUACCAAUUAUAAAUUCUCUGAAUUAUCCAAUUCCGACUAUAGUCAUAACGCCAGCAAAAGCUAAUAUCAUAGACAAUUUGAACGAUAAUAUAAACAACAUUGAAAAAAAUAGCAUAGAGUCUGGUAUAGCCUCUAUGUGCUCAAAGAAUUCCAUAGAUAACGACAAUCAUACGCCAAAAAGCAGGAUUCCAGUGCCUAUAAAACAAACAAGCUCUAUAGAGAAGAUUAUCAAUAGAUUCAAGAAGGUACGCGCAAAUGUUAUCGCACAAGAGGCUAAAGAAGAUGAGAUAAAGACAAUAUAUGAAGAAAAAGAAAAUUGUAACGCAGUAAACGUAGACGUGUUCACAGCAAAUAAGAUCUUGUUGCCAGACCUAUUAAGUCCAAGUUGGAGUGUGCCUUCAAUGAAAGGGAGUGACUUUUUGGAGGUUUGCGAUGAUUUAGAAAAGACUGAAGGCGGGAGGCCUAGAGAGAGUUUAGGGAAGGCUUUAGGUGUCGACAAAACGUUUUUAGACCAAUUCGAUCUAAUAGACUGAGCUUAUUUUGUUUUAUUCACCAUGUUUUUGUUGGAUAAUCCGAUAAUAACUCUUACAUUUUCAGAAAUUAAAUAAGUUGUAAUAAUUUCCAGUCAUCAGUAUUUCUAAAAAUCAGAAACCCUUUGAUUCGAAAUUCGAAAAUAAUUCCGGAGUACCCAACUUUCGGCCUGUGUUGUAUGUAUGAAGUAAAACAAAUUUUAUAUACUAAAUAGCCGGGUCCACACAGAGCGAGCAUACGCGCGAGGCAAUUUCCUCACGCACAAACUGGCCAGUGUAGACGUGCCUCGGCCGAGGAAAACGCACGCGCCGCCUCAGCCGAGGAACGUCUUCACUGGCCGGUUUGUGCAUGAGGAAAUUGCCUCGCACGUACGUGCUCGCUCGCUCGCUCUGUGUGAACCCGCCUA